GCGCCCGCAGCCAGCCAGCGCCUCUGGUCCGGUGCCCGCCGCGGGCGCACGUCCCGUCGGCGCUGGCAACCUGUCACCGCCGAGGACGUGACUCGGAGCUGCCUCCGCUCUUUCCAAGCCCUAUUCCUUUAAGAUGAUGUAAUAGUCAUUUCCCUGGAUGGUUUCUUGCCUGCACUGCUCACACAGCAGCAUCCGAACUGCUCCUGGCACCGUGGGACCUCCCAGCUCUGGAGCCCGAGCCCCGCAGGCAUCUUCUCGCCGCCCCGGCCCCUUCUCUUUCCCACCUGGCGGGGACAUGGGAGUCCCUUUGCCCUUGCCGGCAGGAGGGGUGGCUGCUACGACCCUGGCGGGGCGCAGCUGUCUGUCUGUCUGUCCCUGGGCUCUCUGAAAGCCUUUAAGUCCAGUCACCUCUCCCAGGUGUAAAGGAUCUGUUCCAAGGGUUUGGAUUUGGAUUUCGGGUUUUCUCUUUUUCCUUGACGAAGCUUUGGUUGAUUUUUUUUUUCCAUCUCUGCUUCACUUCUUCGACUCAGCCUCCUUCUCUCCGUUCAACUUUUUUUUUCCCCUCAAUCCAUUUCAACUAGAGAUUGGAAGUGAAUUCGUACACACAGACAGACACACACACAGCACCGUGCAUCUGCGAGCGCGUAAGUGCGGAACCGUUUCCCGAGAGCACAUCUCUCUGGCACUUUUCAUUGAUACCUCUGUCCUUUCCGUGUUUGGGAUUUGACAUCCAGACUCCUUGCGGUCGUGGUUUCUGGUUGCUCUGGAAAACGUUAUUUUCUUCGCAAGAGCUGAGUCUCCGACACUCGCUAAGACAGACCUCUGAGUAACUGGCCUUCUUGCCUACCUGGCCUAAAGGAAGACCGAAUGUAGACAAGCUGAUUAUUACAUCCUGUGAAGUCUGAGCUAACUACCAGCCAGCUUUAAACUUCUUGUCCAGUGUUACUUCACCUGUGAACUCUGCUAAAAUUUGCCUCUCUGGGAAUAAAACGAAAACCAGGAUAAAAGGAGAUUUUUUUUUCUUUAACAAGGUAGGACCUCCCCCACCCCUUACAAGUGGAUGCAAAGUCUAAGCUGUAACUCCGUUGGAUUACACCUUUAAUUCCAGGAAGCUGCUGAAGAAAGGGACAAUGGCUCUGAGUGGGAACUGUAGUCGUUAUUAUCCUCGGGAUCAAGGGGCUGCGGUUCCCAACUCUUUCCCGGAAGUCAUAGAGCUGAAUGUUGGAGGCCAGGUUUACUUCACUCGCCAUUCCACAUUAAUAAGCAUCCCCCAUUCUCUUUUGUGGAAAAUGUUUUCCCCAAAGAGAGACACUGCUAAUGAUCUAGCCAAGGACUCCAAGGGAAGGUUUUUCAUCGACAGAGAUGGAUUUCUGUUCCGUUAUAUUCUGGACUAUCUCAGGGACAGGCAGGUGGUCCUGCCUGAUCACUUUCCAGAAAGGGGGAGGCUGAAAAGAGAAGCCGAGUAUUUCCAGCUCCCUGACCUCGUGAAACUCCUGGCUCCAGAGGAAGUCAAGCAAAGCCCUGAUGAGUUCUGCCACAGUGACUUUGAAGAUGCCUCCCAAGGAAGCGACACAAGAAUCUGCCCCCCUUCUUCACUGCUCCCGCAUGACCGCAAGUGGGGUUUUAUUACUGUGGGUUACAGGGGAUCCUGUACCUUGGGCAGAGAGGGCCAAGCAGAUGCCAAGUUUCGGAGAGUUCCCCGGAUUUUGGUUUGUGGAAGGAUUUCCUUGGCAAAGGAAGUCUUCGGAGAAACUUUGAAUGAAAGUAGAGACCCUGACCGAGCCCCAGAAAGAUACACUUCCAGAUUUUAUCUCAAGUUCAAACAUCUGGAAAGAGCUUUUGAUAUGUUGUCAGAGUGUGGAUUCCACAUGGUGGCCUGUAACUCCUCCGUGACAGCGUCAUUUGUCAACCAGUACACAGAAGACAAGAUCUGGUCGAGCUAUACAGAGUACGUCUUCUAUCGUGAGCCUUCCAGGUGGGCCUCCUCUCAUUGUGAUUGCUGCUGCAAGAAUGGCAAAGGAGACAAAGGGGAAAGUGGCACCUCCUGCAAUGACCUCUCCACUUCCAGCUGCGACAGCCAGUCAGAGGCCAGCUCUCCCCAGGAGACGGUGAUCUGUGGGCCUGUUACACGCCAGAGCAACAUCCAGACUCUGGACCGGCCUAUGAAGAAGGGUCCGGUGCAGCUGAUCCAACAGUCAGAGAUGAGGCGGAAAAGUGACCUGCUCCGGACUCUGACGUCGGGCUCCAGGGAGUCGAACAUAAGCAACAAAAAGAAAGCUGCGAAGGAAAAGCUGUCCAUCGAGGAAGAGCUGGAGAAAUGCAUCCAGGAUUUCCUGAAGAUCAAAAUUCCAGAUCGCUUCCCUGAGAGAAAGCAUCCUUGGCAGUCUGAACUUCUACGGAAGUAUCGCCUUUAGGGGAGGGCUGGGGGUAGUCACCACUUUGAAAUAAACCUCCCAAAAGGAAGACAUAUGUUGAAGGAAAAAUAACAACUAGCGAUCCACAUUUGUUAGAACACAAUAGUUCAUUGAUGUACUACUGCCUACUUUGCCUAGCUCACCUUAACGUGUAAAUCCACAGGGUAGAAUUUUUUUUUUCCAGAUGUGGAACCAAAAGCAAGCUCUUGUGUUGUCCUUUCUCUUUUAUUAACUUGGUCCCAUGUGCUGAGAGGCUUUGGGAGUCAUCUAUCCCAAACCGGGGUUUUUUGUUUUGUUUUCUCUCAUUUUCUGCCUCCUUUCGUUGGCCAAGGAAGGGCAGGAGAUAUGACCCAGUGGCAUGUUAAGAUUUUUAUUUUUUAUUGCUCCUUUCCUUUUGUUUAUGGGGUGAGGGGAGAAUGGCAGGUUUUUAUGAUUUUUUUCACUUAAAUCUCUGUGUGCCAGUUUCUACUGAGUCUGUAUGCAUGAGCAUUUGUGCAGCACAAGCACAGUAUAUGUCUGUAUAUAUGCACAAUGGAUGCACAUGACCCAAGCCCUGGGCAGCGGAAGGCUCACACCUGCUGCCAGCCACCCACAUAAGAGCACUUCAGACAAAGGAGCCUCUGCCCCUUUAUUAAAACCCUCCUGGGCAGACUUCCCAGCCUCCCUUGGCAACACUUUCUAAUGCUAAAUAAGUCCCCUCCCCCUCCACCACCAAUCAUCACAAAUCCUCAUUCUUAUUUUGAAUUAAAUACCCUCAGGCUCUUUCCCUACGUUGGUGAGAUGAGCUAGUCUAACCUUGUUUGUGUGUAACAGACAAGCAAACGUUCACAUCCACAAACAUAGCUUUGAUAAGCCCUGCACUCAGCCUUCUCCAUCCUUAUAAGGCCGAUCAUCAUUCUCUACCUGACUCAGAGUUCUAACUUGCCCACAUUUUAUUGAUGAGGCCUUUUAUAUAAUUUAGGCAAGUUCUCUUUAUCUCCGAUGACUUGUGAAACUAUGACCAACACACAGUAAUUGAAGAAUUGUCCAGCCUUCUGUUUGCUUGUUUGAGAGGCAUUGUAACCCCACAUACUUCAUUUCUCAUAAGAACCUUAAAUUAUACCUGUACAUUGUUGCUUGCUUGUAGCCAGGCAUGGAUGCCUCUGGGAUCCUGGGGAUUGGCCGUAGCCAUGCUAUGAUUUAGUUGUACCAUUUCUACAACAUCUGUAAUGACCCAAGUGGGUGGCUGGAGCACAAAAGUUACUAAUUUGACUUUUUAAGAUUUUUUUUAAUAUUCCUAACUUGUAUAGAUACCAUCCAAAAGAAGUUGUUAACAGUGUCUAUUCAUGUGACUCUGUCUUCUAUUAACCUACCAAUAGUUCUUUUGUUCACUUGUGCUAAAUGAAUGUCCAAAGACAACUUUCGAUUUUCAGCAUUCCUCACACAUCUCAGUGGUAACUGAAAAAAAUGAUUUGUCACUAUUGUGUGCCAAGCAUUCCUGAUUUUUUUUUUGUUUUGUGUGUGUGUGUGUGUGUGUGUGUAUGUGGGUAUGCAUUUGUGUGCAUGUGUGAAUGUGUAGCACAGGUAAUAAAGGCAACCAGAAAAUGUCUAUGGAAGAAAAAUCUAAUGACCAGUUUCUUCUUUCUGAAAAUUUCCAUGUAGGCACAUUUAUUAUUUAAGAAUCUCCUCGUUGACUUAUUGAUACCUGUUAGUAUAUGAUUGUCUUUUUUAAUUUUUUUGUAAUUCUUGACUACACAGGUGGAUAAUAGGGUAAGGCAAUAUUUUCUUGUCCUGAAGCUUCAAGUGAAGUUUAAAAUUUUAUUUACAUGAAAAAGAAAGUUUCCUUCGUGUGCUGAGUUGCCAGGAAAAUUAUCAUUUAUGAAAGUGUUCUCUUGUGUAUUAAUAUUUUAACAGAUAGUUGAUAGAUAGCUUUGUGUGUAAAGCCUACUAAUGCAUCUUUAUUCUCUCAAUGUUUGUUCAUGAUACAUCAAAAAUAUCAUCAUAGUUAUUAUUGGAGAUACUAUGAAGCAUCAUGGGUCUUAAUGGGUCAAGAAGACACUGGAUAUAAACUGUUGACCAGAUGAUCAUUGACUGACUCACCGAAAAGGCUGUCAGAGAGUCUGAAAUUUAAAUAAAUUGGCCAAAGUCCCAAGUUCCUUUAAAUUUCAGCCCUGAUCAUUAUAGUAUCAAGUCAGGCAGGCACUCAAGAACAGAGCUGGCCAUCAAUUCACUGCUUCUACUACAGUCGGCACAUAGCAAAUGCAAUGCUGCAUCCGAAGUAUUGUAGCAAUGUCCUCCAGGCUCUGUUGUUAUGGCCUUUUUUCCUACGGGUACUCUUUUAUACCCACGGUGAACAAACUUAGUAGUAGAAAUCUGUUGAAAACAACAUAUCACUUUUAUUUGGCACUAUCUGUAACAUGGCACUUGCCCCAUGAUGAAAAAGUUUAAACAGAAAAGAUGAAAGACAUGGCAUUCAUGUGUGGGGUUAUUGGCAUGAUCAGGAGAUAGCUUGGAUCAGUAGAGGGCUUUGAGAUGGCACCAAGAAGAUAAAGUCUUAGGUGCCCUUUGGAAUAGGGUUAUCCAGUGUGCUCCUUACAGUCUACACACUGGAAAUGAGCUUUGGCCAAGUGAACCAUGAGAACAAUCACUUUGUUAUCCCUAGCUUCAGAGCCUUAAGUUCAGUCACAGACAGACAGACUUACAAAGAGUUCAGUUAUUACUGUAGAUUUUGACAGGGGCUGUACAUUGUUGAUAUCAAGAAAUGAAUAGUGCUGGAUUGUCAAAUGAAUGAAGCUAGACGUGCAGAGCCUUAGUUUGGGCUGCUUUCUAAGAAAUCCUAUAAGGCUAAAUCCAAGGAACUUGGGGAGGUCAUUCCCUAAAUGGAUAUUAGUCUCCUGAAGCCAGGAACAUAUUCCCUAGAUGGACAUAUUUAUAAAGUCCUCCUACCCACUAAUAGGAAGAGAACAGUAUGCGAACAGCAGAGGAAAAGGGAAAAUAAACAUGUUGACAUCAUUAUCCUAGUUAGCUCUUCUACUGCUCGGAAGAAGAGUGCACUGAUUUAUCGUAGUAACUGACCCAACGAAGUGACUCACAAACUUGCUGUGAAGUAGUCUUCUGUAUGUGAGCAUAGCGAUCUUUAUUGGCAAUGCAUGCAUGCAGAGUUUUUAAAAGGGAGGAAGAGUGCACAUGCUUCCAAGGUGGAAUGCCUAUUCUGGCUGACUCAUUUUGAAGCAGCACUUGAUUGAAAGAGGGCCCACAUGAAAUUGUCCAUGUGUUAGUUGGCCUUAUUUGAUUCAUAAGCCUUCUUUCCCACAGGCAGGUGUCUGCACAUUCUCCAUUCUCUUUGCCAUCCCUGCAUAUGGUUCCGGGUUAUGUUUGCUUCUCUAGACACUCCACCCUUCUGAGUGCUCUUUUGUAUUUUUAUUUUUCUGAGCAGAACAUGCUCCAAGGGGUGGGGUAGGAGGAAGAAAUGGCAGAUAUAUUAGUUUGCAAAAUUACUCUACUACACUUCCUACAAUGCAAGUCAAAUUUUGAUUUUCAUAAACUUUUCUUUGCUGUCACUUCAGUCUCCCAAUUCGGUGUCUAGUAGAGUAGAGGAGCCAUUCUCUACCACUGGAUGCAUUGUCAUGGAAUUUGAAUAACAUUGGCCCUAUGCUUGAUCUUUGUUAGAAUUAAUAAGAAAUUUUCUGUGAAUUUAUAGGAUGAGUUUUUCGUCAUCUUGACAUAACAGUUUUCUAAGAAAAAAAUGGAGGGAAUUAUUUUUCCCCUGGUGAAUCUGUGGCAGAUAAAUGUUUUUGCCAAUUUGCAUGCUAAGUUAUAGGUUUCAGCAUGGGCCAUUUCUCUCUUUAAUACUUUGGUAUUGUUGGUAUCUUGUAAUCUUGAUGGCCCAUUGUUCCAAUUUAUUUAUUUUCUUUCACAGUGUCAAAAAUAAGACACUAGAGAAAGAAUCAGAAAGAGCACUAUGUAUCUGGAGCUAUGGUGGAGUAAGAUGUCAUUGGUAAGGGACUGUGCAAUAACAGAAGUCUGCAAAGAAAUUAGAGGAAAUGAAACAUACUGAAAUGAGUUUGAUAUUAUGCUGGUUCCAGAUAAAAUGGCUAACACUCCCCAUCCCAUCAGAAAAAAAAAAGAGUCUUCAGCCUUAAUAACCACAGCUUUACAGUGCUGCCACAAGUUUCUUUUGAAAGGUUUGUUCUGCUCAUUUUGUUAUGGACAUCAGAAAGAGGAUUGUUACCCCUGGUAACCACUGCUGCAAACAUUUCAGUGAAGCUCCAUGUGGCACUUUCUGAAAAGGAGAUUCCCUUACACUGACUUCAAAGAGUCAGAAUCAUAAAACUUGGAGCAGGGCCACGGAAUCUGCAUUCUCAGCUAGUAUCUUUAAUCAUUUUGAUGAUCCAAAGACCCUAUUUAAAGAAAUUGUUUUGAGGAACAUAGAAGAGUUGAAUUUGUAGGUCAAAGCAUAUAUCAUUCACUAUCUUAGCAAGGUCCACAGAGUUGUCUGGAAUUAGGGUACAGUAUAUUUCCAAAAUCCCUUUAUCAUUUCAUCUGCUUUUCAGCCAAAGCCUCCUUACCAUAUGGUCUGUGUUUUGUGCCUUUCCUGGAGUCUGAAAGCCUACAUCAUUACAGAUUUACCACUUCAGCCCCCAUUCCUUGGUCAGAAAGCCUGUAUUCAAGGGGGCUGUGGAAUAUCUCUGAAUAAGGUGUAUUCUAAUGAUACCCAACAGGGAAUCAAAGUAAUGCCUUUUUUUUUUUCAAGGGCAGCUUUUUACUUCAUUACUCAGUUUGGGUCAAAGGAGUCAGAAAGCAAUCCAUAAUUUAAUGAUUAUGUUGCCCCAAAGCUAGUUCCAUUAAUGAAAUAUACUGAUACCACCACAGCAAAUGUGGAAUAAUGAGUUAAGUCAGCUGUUUAAUCAAUAUAAUCCUGAACCUUUGAAUUGCUGGCUUUGUCCAGUUUGAGUCAAUCAAGAGAUGAGACUCAUGGAUAAUGGAGAUCUUGAACCAUAACAUUAACCAAAAAUAUAAAACAAAAAUGCAUGUAUAAGAAUAAGUACAAGAUAAAGGUCAGAGGGAAUUUAAAAUGGUGACUCAACUAUAAGGACACAAAGAAAGUAAAGUGCUGUAAGUUUUCCCAGUCAGUCUAUCUGAAGAGAUGGCCAUACCAUAGUCUCUCUCUGUCUCUGGCUCUCUUUCUCUCUCACACACACACACAUGCUGGAAGGUUGCAAUGAUUCACCCAGUUGAGCCUAUCACAUAACAGAAGAAUAACUGGAUAGAAGACAAAUGUCCACAUGGUAUAAGAAAUAGAAUAACUAACUUGUCAUGCGCAUUGGUGAAUAUUUAUAUAAAUACAAAAAAAAAAAAAAACAGAUGAACUUGAGCAGCUAAAUAAGAUUGUUUGGUCAACACACACACACACACACACACACACAGUUCAUUUUGUUUCAGUCUAUUGCUUUCCCUCUUUUCAAGUGGGAGGAUGCCUUUAUUGCCCUAGUUUCAUAACCUUUUUUUUUUUAAGACAAAGCUCUUGUUUGUGAAGAAAUUGCAUUGUUAAUUGGCUAAUGAAUUUUAAGACCUACAAUGUCAGCCAUGCUUUAUUUAGAGAAACUAUUUUUAAAAACAUAAAGAACAAAAUGAUCCCUAGCCCAGCAUUGUCAAGUGAUUUGUCCUAGAGGAGGGUGGGGUAAUUUUCCUGUUAAUCGGCCUUAUGAAAGCACUUAGAAGCCAACUAGAUAUUUAGUGAUUCUGAACUCCUGUGAUCUGCCCUGUCUUGUUAGGUUAUUCUUAGAAUGAAUCUUUAGCUAUUUACCUUAAUUUGCACAAUAAAAACAACAAAAAUUCGGAUUUUCUCUCUCUCUUUCUAUCUCUCUCUUUGCUGAUAUUGGCUCCAUCCAUCACCAAUGGAAGCAGAACAAGAAAUGAUACAUAGCAAAACAGCGAAGAGUUUUUUUUUGGGGGGGGGAUAAAAAGGUUUAUUUGGCUUACAUUUCCUCCUCAUAGUUCUUCACUGAGGGAAGUUUUAAAGUUGCAUCUGUGUGUACAUGGCUUGGGUGUGUGCACAUAUAUGCAUAGGGACAGACACACGUUUUUAUGUUCAUGUUAGGCCCAGUGGUUAAUAUUUAUGUGAGUAAAUAGAAAAAGACUUUGGUUAACAUUUUUAAUAGGUUUUUAAUUCUGAACAAUAGGUUGUCAUUGAGUACACUGACUAAUUAGUAUUGCUCUCCUGAUAUGGUAUCAAAAUAUCACAACAUGCCUGGGGUGGUAGGAGAUUAAACUCCCCGCAUAUGUACAGUCAAGGACGUAAUAUUUCGUAAAGACAACAACAACCCAAACAAAUAGAAAAGAAAAAGAUGUACUCUCAGGAAUUGAACCUAGCGCAUGCUAGGAAAGAGCUCCAGAACUUAGCUACGACUGAAACUCAGAAGACUACAUUUUGGAAGAAUUCAUGUUGGUCAUUGAUAGUUUUUCUCCAUUUUAAACAGGGGACAGAGGUUUAUCCUUUAGUGUAUAAACAAAUAACUUUAGAAAUUCUUUUGAGUUGCAUAGGCUGUAUGCAUUUAAGGCAGUUCUUGUCAACUAGGAAUUUUGUGGUCCAGUGAUCUUUGACAAUACCUGAAGAUAUUUUUGGCCAUCAUAACUGAGGUGGUAUGACUGAAAUUCAAUGAGCAAUGCUGCCAAGACUCCACCAGUGUACAGAGAAAAACCCUCAUAGCCAAAGAAUUGUUUAUUCUUAAACGCUAAUACUGCCUAAGAUGAGAAACUGAAUUAAGGAGGUUUUUCCCCUCUCUCUUUAUUUGUUUGUCAAGGCACCUCUAUUGAUUAUUUGCAAACUCUUUACCAUGUACCCUGAUCACACUCAUUUCUCAUUCCUCCCAGCUCCAUCCUCCUGCCUCUGCUCCCUCCCCUAACCUAAAAAAAAUAAUAAAAAGAAAGAGAGAGAGAGAGAGAAAGAAAGAAAAGAAAAGAAAGAAAGAAAGAAAGAAAGAAAGAAAGAAAGAAAGAAAGGAAGGAAGGAAGGAAGGAAGGAAGGAAGGAAGGAAGAAAGAAAGAAAGAAAGAAAGAAAGAAAGAAAGAAAGAAAGAAAGAAAGAAAGAAAGAAAGAAAGAAAGAAGAAAGUAUACUCAAAGUGCAAUCUGUGUGGUCCCGUAUAGUCAUUGGUGCAUGGCCAAACUCCCAACUGCCAGCCUUUAAAAAAUAACAGAGUGCUCUCCCACCCUGUGCUAGAAGUCAUGGCUUCUAUUCUACACCAUAUCUGUUAAAAUCUUCCUGGUCAAGGCACAGGCUGAGAGAAAACAACAACCACCAACUAAAAUGAAUAUGGGCUUUCUCUCAUCACUUUCUGUAGAUGUGAGAGCUGAGGUUUAGAAGAAGAAAUAGGCCAUCCUUUUUCAGGGCCAUGGUAGGGAAGUGGCAGUCCGUGUCUUAGGCAGCCAGGGACCUGAUGUCUAAGUUAGGCGGUCUGUCUACCUCACUCAAUUAUGCUUUGUUGAUGUUGUCAGUCAUGCUAACAGCUAAGUGUAUUAGUUCUGAAGCACUUUGAAGCCUCUUUGUUUUGCAUGACCCUGUUGAAAUGUUUUCUGAGCUGAUCAAUAGUAGACUGCAAGGUCUCAAAUGUGAAACUGGGAAGAGACAGAGAGUUCUCACAGUGAACCAAAGAUUUCAUCAUUUUAACUUUUCAUUGUAUACCUUAUUUCUUGGGGUUGAUUAUGCACUCAUUAAAGAUGACACUUAAAUCUUGAAAAGUAUGUUUUAUUGUUUCAUAGACUUGCAUAGGGCUGGCCCUCACUCCCUGUUUUUAUAGAUAUGACAAGCCUCAGCAUAAACCCUGGAUGCUGAGCCUCAUCCAGUGUGUACAUGUUGACUCUCUGAGGAAAUGUGUGGCCUUAAAUAAUUUGAUAUAAAUUUUAAAUUAAUCAGACCAGCAUCAAAGUGAUAGAAUAAAGACUGGGUCAUUAUAUCCCCAUUUUACAAAAGGGAAAUGGAGGGUUUUAAUCAAUCAAUCAAUCAAACAUAUAUUUGUGUAUGCAUUCAUCAAAUAUUGGUGGAAUGCAUGCCAUGAAAACAUCACUGCAAGAAACAACAUAAACUAAUAGGAAAUCCAAUAUUGGAUUAAUAACUUGAAUUCAUAUCACCCAAAAUUAUUACUUGUGUGUGUUUUCUAUAUUUAUCCUAUAUGUAUAUAUUAGAUCAAUAUAUUAGAAUUAUUAGUUAAAUAUAAAAUUUUAAAUAAUGUAUAUUAAAGAUCUGGCAUUUCAUACCAGAAACUCUACUCAACAUUUUACAUAUCUUAUCUCAUUAAAUCGUUUAAUAAUCCAAUGGUGUAUCCCCUGUCACUGCCGCUUGCCUUACGGAUAAACUCCAUGAAGCUCAGAAAGCAAAUGCAGCACACAGGCCCAUAAAACAAUGUCAGCAACAAAUUUUCACCUGAGCUUAUUAUAUUCCAAAGGUUGUGGAGUUAACCAUCUCGUUAUACCAUUAUUUCUCUUUUUUAAUUCUGAACUUUUAUUUGUUUCUCCUUUUCUUUUACUGCAAAGAAAGGGUAGCCAGAAUGCUCUUGGCCCCACAUCCUUUCUAAAAAGAAUGAUUUAUUUUAAACUACAAGUAAAAUCAAACAUGAAUUUCCAGAGGCGAUAAGGAAAAGGCAAAUUUUGAAGGUAGUUCUCAGUUCUCUCCACCACAAGCUGGACUUGGCAAUGCAAAUUCUAUGGGGAGGGGGCAGUCCUUGAGUAUAACUGAAGACACCCUGUCCAGACCCAUGGGGUGUUUCCUCUAGGCUUCAGCAUUAAGAGAGCUCUACCAGAGACUAAUCGCCAUUCUGUGAACUGCACCAUGGCAAAUUUCCAAAGAUCCACAACAGAGAGGUGGCUGUGCACACGUUUAUAGAGACAUGUCUAUGUAUCCUUUUGACUUAUUUUGACUUUUAAGCAAACAUUAGCUUUUGUUCAAGUCAGAUAAAAAAAAAUACAAAUACAUUGGCUUUCCAUGGUAUCUCAUAACUACUCUUCUGAGCUGGAGAGGGAGAGAAAGCAAAGAAAUCACAGUGAAAUACAAGAGUGUGUGUAAAGAGCAUGGGCAUGUGUGUGUGUUUUUGUGUAUUGGUGUAUCAAUCGCAUGUAUAUAUGUACAUAUGUGUGUACAUCUAUCUAGAUGUAUAUAUAUAUACAGAUAGCUAUAUAUCUAUACAUAAUUAUACACAUAAACACAUAACUUGAAAUUUGGAAAUUUUCAGUUUAGGAAACUAAUUAUUACAUUUUAUAUUGGUUUCCUAGAUAGUCCAUUGUAGUUCUGGUUUCCAGAAUUCUCUUCUAUGAUGAAUGUAUAUAUUUAUUAAUAAUACAGAGAAUAGGAUACAAAUACCUAUGGAUAAAAAAAAAACCAAGCAACAAAGAAACAAAAAUGUAUUUAGAAAAAUGCCAAACCAUUGGUUGGAAUUUCAACCUAUGUGUUUCAAAAUAUUUUUUAUUACAAAACAAAACAAAGUAAAAGAAAGUAACAAAACGCCGUCAAAUUUCAUUUGGCUAUUUUUAAGAAGAAAAGAAAAUUGAAAUGACAGCCCAAACUCACUGGUUACAGCCCAGUGCUAUUUCACUCACCUGCUGUUGAAUUGCCCUCUCCUGGUUCAUGGGGUCUGUGAGGCCUGCACUUCUGAGUGGCGUCACAUAUCUCUUUAAUUAUUUCGAAGUUACAGCAAUCAGUUGAAAAUAUGCAUAUUGUAAAUAGUUGCCAAAUCUGCAGGGCAUGCCGAAGUGAUAACUGAAAAUUCUCUACUCUCUCUCUUUCACCCUGUUUAUGCAAGCACCAAAAGGUUGCUCAGGGAAGGAAGAGCAUUUUCAAACGAGAAGAAAGCACGACCAACAUGUUUUUGUAUAGGCAGAAGAGAAAAAUGUCCAAUUUGGGACAAAAAGGUACACUCUCUUCUCAGCCAGAGUCAAGUGCUUUGGCAAUCGUGGGAGAAUGUGAGAGGUGUUUGAAGUUAACCUAUGCAAGCUUCCCCAGUGCUUCUUGACAUCAGGUUGUAAGCACAUAAGCCUGACCCUUCAAAGACAGUCUGCUUCCCAAGCUAGGGCUCAGUUGAGAGAGCAAGUUUCCCUGUCCUGGGGACCUAUCGGGAGUGUCCACAGAAUCAGAUACCUGGGCACACAAGUGAGCAAUUCAACUCCAUAGCCCUCUGCAGGUAUGGUCCUGAAGUCUUGAGAAAACAACAACAACAACAAAACCCUUUUCUUUAUGCUUUUUAAUCAAAUGUUUUAAUUAGGUAUAAGAACUUCCUUUAAUUAUUGUUCCCAACAUUUUGGAAAGGAAAGAAAGUUUUCCAUCAUUUUCUCUUUGAGUUCCCUUGCAGUUUUCUUCCAUUUGUUUAUUUUUUAUUUUUUUUUAAAGUGAAACUGAACAUGAGGGAUUUUCUUAAUAUGUUCUACUUAAUUUGGAGACUAAUAUGGCAAUGUAGUUUUGGAAAGCAUGCAGGGUGGGGAAGUGGGGGUAUCAGCCUUGGUCAUUACUGUUUCUCUGCUAGGAGGAACUCGAUUCAUCAAUUUUGGAAUGGUAUCCCAUUAAAAACACAGGCAGACAAUGACUUAUGAGAGCGUCCUGUCAGAAGUUACUGGGAUCAGGGUCCCAUGGGACACCCCUUAGACUGGGAAUAGUGUUCAGCCAAGUCCACAAAAUCUUUUUGUUGUUGAGAAGUUUGAUAGAAUUAAGUUCUCAUUUCCUACAUCCUCUAUAACUAGCAGAGCACUAGGUAGGGGUCAAUAAACAACAACAAUUCCUUCAAAUCAAAUGUAGUUGUUUGAACAGUAUCCACAUCACCCUGGACCCUUCUCAGCUCUGAGGCUGUGGUGAACAGGCUGCCUGGGGGGCAGGGGGGGGGUCUGCAGAUACACUCAGCAGGGAUUACCGUCUCUCUCCUUGCAUCUGUCUCUGAUGCUUUCAAUGUGAUGUCACCACACGUGGAAGCAUCGUCUGAAUCUUGCUGGAACUAACACACAGUGGUGACUGACAGGGGCCUUGCUCAUGUUCUUUUUUUGCUGACCUCAUUGAGGCAUUUGAUGGUGGGUCAGUUUUUUGCACAUUGAUAUAUAUAUCAAGCUACACCCAUUGAAAUUACCUCCUCUUUUUUCCAAUGCAGUUUGCUUGUACAUACGUGUAAUGUCAACUUGUUUACAGGUAUUUUUUUUAUUUUAUUUUUUUUGUGUAUAAUUGUGAUAGCAGAUUUAGCUCAAGCCCUAAAGGAAUCUGUUUACUUAAUGGUGUUAAAAAUGAAUGUGCUUAUUACAGUAUAAACAUCAUUAAUUAUGGACUCACAUGAAUGCAUGUCUACAUGUCAGCAAUUUCCAGCAGCUCGGAUAUUCAACAAGAGUCUGCAGUCUGUGAAUAGCAAAAAUACAUAAAGUGCUGUGACUGAUAACUUAGCUGUUUACCUUGCUUUGUAACCUUGUAGAGCUUAGCCUGCUGUAUUUCUUUCUUAUGUAUUUGAUCUUUUGAGAGAAACAUGGUAAAGAAUACUACCAAUGUCCCAGUAGAAUGGCACAGCAUUUUGGCAAUCAUUGGUCAUCUCAAAAGGCAAACACCUACAGAUGGAACAAUAGCUUGAGCAACACAUGGGUGUAUUCAUACAUGUAAUCUAUGUAUGUAAAAUCUGCAAUGCCAAUUACUACCAUGCAUCCUCACUGCCAAUGGUAACAAACAAUUUUCUUUGGAAUUACUGAUGGUUAUGGAAAGAAAUAAUUUUAUAUUAACUGCUUUCAUAUUUUAUUUUAUUCUUAUGGUAGGGUAGAUGAUACAGGUGCCGUAUCAGUAUUGUAAAGUUGUGUGGCAAAAAAUACAAAAGUAAUUCUGUGGAUAUAUUUUAAAAGGCAGAACAGAAAUAUAUUUCAGAUUCUUGUGUGAAUAUAAUUACAAAAAUAGUUAACUAUUUUUAUGUGUUUCCAUAAUAACUCCAUUUCAUAUACAUUGUAAUUUAGCACCGAUCACAAUAAAUCAUUUGGUAACAUUUAGUUGUUACAUAUAUUUUUUCAGUACAUAUAAGGAAUUAAUGAUUCAACAUUACUUCAUGCUAAUUCAGCAUUUUACAUGAAAGAUAAUUACUGUUGCAGUUAGUUUAUUUUUAGUUCUGCAUGGCAGCUUGCCAAAUAGAAGUACAAGAAGGAGGGGAUUUGAUAAGUUGGUUAUUUAAUAUAAUAUAGAGAUUUAAUAUAUUUAAUAUUAAAUUGCUAUUAGGUCAAUGAGUGAAAGCCCUGCCUCUGCCUUUUGUUGAUUAGAUGUUUUUUUGUGAUAAUUACUUAUUGUUUACAAAAGACACUUCAUCAGGCUCUGGUUUCUUGUCUGUAAUGUAAAACAACAGUUCUUGUGAGCAUUAAAUUAGACAAUCCGAGAAGAUGAUUUAUCAGAGUGUUUGACACAUCAAAUAGAUGCAAUGUCAAUUCCUACAGUCUCAUUCUUAUCGCCUCCCAGAUACUAAUUUUAAAAUGGGGUUUGGCUUCAACACUCUACCUGUCUGUAUAUAUUUAUUGAUCUCCUGUAAUUUAUAAAAUUGCCUAUAAAUAUUUAGUAUAAUUUUCGAUCAAGAGGGCGAAUUAUAGAGAAAAGGCAUUCCCCCAAAUAGAAGUUUUGAAAAGAACUUGGUCGUGGUGUAGUGGGUCCAAGCAGCACACUUUCCCCAUAACACACACUCAAAAUGCAAAGAACCGGAUGGUGCACAACUUUACAAAUACGCCAUCUUUCAUGCAUUCCACUUUGUAACUUCAAAGUAUUCUUCACAAUAUUUAAUGUGAGUUCUAUGGAUUUUCGCAGUAAAGGAUCUUUCAAACUUGCUAACCCAGAGCCUCCUACACUUUGCUCGUGAAAGCUGCUUGCAAGUUUGAAGCCCUCUUUUGGGAAUUGCUGAUCCACUCCUCGUCAAAUACAAGGAUAAAACAAUCUGAGACUCUGGGGUAGGGAUGAGGGUGUUUAUUUUAGGUGUGGAAGACCUGGGUUUGCAACCCCGCCUAUGGACUCAGGCUAGAAUUUCUUUUGUGCAGCUUUCAUGUAAGUGACUGGUGACAGUUAAUGUCUUUUUCUAACUCCACAACGCCUGCUCAUACAUGGACAUAGUGCAUAGUUACUGACAGCCAAGCAGCAGAAAGGAAGGACUCCAAGGUAUAGGCAUCCAUAGAUACAGUCACCCAAAGCACAUAUGGGGUGGGGCGUGUUUCCAUAGGCUGAGUUUCCAGUUGUCUCUAUUAAGACAGAAAUUUCCCACCAUAUUGAACCCAGAAGACUAGGGGAAUAAGAACUCACACAGUUAUAAGCAAGAGGAAUGUUUGAGAGAGACUUGUCUUUCUUGAUUUCUUUUAUAAUUUAUUCACUUUGUAUCACAAUUGUAGCCUCCUCUCUCACCUCAUCCUGUCUCCACCCUCCCUUCUUCUUCCUCCCUCCCCAUUUCCUAGUCCACAGAAAAGGGAGCCCUCCUCCCCUAACAUCUGACCCUACCCUAUCAAGUCUCAUCAAGAUUGCCUGCAUCAUCUUCCUCUGUGGCCUGGCAAAGCUGCCCAGUGAGGGGAAUGAUCAAAGACUCCACCCUGCAGGGGAUUGAAGAAGAUGGUGCUAUUUACAGCCAAACUUUGAGCAGAGUAAAGGGAGUCUUAUGGAAGAUUUGGGGGAGGGGAGAUAGAAGGACCAGGAGAAGACAGGUGCUCCACCAGGAGAGCAACAGAGCAAACAAAUCUGAGUCCAGGGUGCCUGUGAAGACUGAUGCACCAACCAAGUACCAUGCAUGGAGAUGACCUCGAUCCCCUGCUCAGGUGUAGCCAAUAGACAGCUCAGUCUCCACUUGGACUCCCUACUAAGGGGAGCAGGGGCUUUCUCUGACAUGGACUCUGAUUGCUCUUUGAGAGAGACUUUUCUUAUGCAUUGGUAGGGGGAAGGCUGUAGGGCUUCUGAAAACCUUAACCUGUGCUGGGAAAUUGGGAAGCAAAUGACAUCCAAAGCCCCAGAAACUGGUUACAGUAACUAUAUUUCAUCAGAUUCGGCCACAGGAAAGGCACCCACCCCUGCCUACUGCUCUAGUAAGAUAGAUGAGAAAAAAGUUUACAUCAAGAGGAAAAGUUGUACUCAAACUUUCUCACUACAGCAUCAAAGUAUGAGCAGCUGCAAGGAUUUCACUGCCCUUGUUCUGUUUAACACAGAAUUGAGUUUCCGCACACACCCAGGCUUCAAGGACCCGGAAGUGGGGUGGUAAGAACACUUCACUAUUUUCUCAUUUUGCCUGGAAAGUGGGGGUAGGAGAGGGCCGGUGGCAAGUGGUGUGCAUCAGAGGAAAGACUUCUUGAUAGUGUUUUUUUUUUUUUUUUUUUUUUUUUUUUUUUUUUUUGGAGAGUUUUGGGAGGAGUGUUUCCUCCUUCAUGUCAGUACUAAGGCUAUAAGCCAGUCCCUGCACACAGCCCCUGUCCAGAAACUCAUCCCUCUGCCAAAUAGACUUCAACAGGACUUGAUCAGAAGUAUCAUAGCUAUGAAACGAGGGCAGAAGAAAUAGCCCAAAUCACCACCUUCACAGAGAAUACCUCUCCUCCCCUCUAAUUUUAGUCCAAAGGCAGUGUUUCUUUCCAUGUCUAUCUAACACUCAGAGCUCCCAUCAACCCCAGCUUCAGUGGCAGCUGUCAGUGAAAGAGGUCCUGGUGGGUGUUUAUCCCAACAGGAGGCUAGCCAAAGUUCCUCUCCAGGUAAGACAGCUUCAGCCUCAAAUAAGGCAUCCUCAUCCUGUGAGUCCACAAAAUUAUAGUAUGUCAGAACAGGCAAGUAAGGCAUGAUGCUGAAAUGCUUAGAAUGCCAGAGAGCUUCCCUGGGGCCAUUGCGGAUCCUUAGCAACACGGUCUGGAGAGCACCCCGAUCAGAGUCUGGCAUGAAACUCAGCCUUCCCUUGUUUUUCUCUUUCCUCUGGUCCACUGUGACCUGCCUUAUCUUCAGCUGGUAUGAAAUGCUGCUACCCUGUAACCAGGCCAGGGCUCACAUAUGCCAGUGAGAUCUUACCUGCUACAUAUACAUGAUGGAUACUAGGAAGCACUGGUAUCUCUGAGACCUGAAGCCACACAGCUGCAUAUACUUCAUGACGCAAAGCUUUCAAAAAAAUUUCUUUCUUACCCUCCUUCUGCUUCAUCAAUUCUUCCUUCCAUUCUUUACUUUCUACUCUUUAAAAACAAAUCAAUGUAUUUAUUUAUUUAUUAUUUACUUACUUACUUUCAUCCUGAUUUCAGCCUCCCUCCUCUCCUUUCUCUCACAUACCCCUCUCCCCCUUUCUUCCCUCUCCUCCUCAGAGAAGGAGUUAGUCCUUCAGGGUUACCAACUGUCUCUGGCACAUUAAAGUCUCUGUGGGAUGAUGCAUAUCCUAUCCUAUUGGGGCAUGACAAGGCAGCCCAGUUAGUGCAAUGGGAUCCAAAUGGAGGCAUUAGAGUCUGAAAAGGCCCCUGAUCCAGUUGUGGGGGAUCCACAUAGAAACCAAGUUUUGCAUCUUUGACAUACGUGCAGGGAGCCUAGGACCAGUCGAUACAUGCUCUUUGUUUGGUGGUUCAGUCUCUGUGAGCCCCCAUGAACCCAGGUUAGUUGACUCUGUAGGUCUUCUUGUGGAGUCCUAGGUCUCUCCAGCUCCCCUAACCAUUUCCCCAACUUCCAUAAAACUCCCUGAGCUCUGUCUAAUGUUUGGCUAUGGGUCUUUGCAUGUGUCUCCAUCAGCUGCUGGUUGAAGCCUCUCAGAGGAGGUCUUCUGUCUACAAGCACAACAGAGUAACAUUAAUAGUGUCAAGGAUUGGUUCUUGCCCAUGAGAUGGGUCUCAAGUAGGGCCAGUUUUGGUUGGCUUAUUCCCUCAAUUUUUGUUCUCGCUCAUCUCAUAGGCAGGACAACUUUUGGGUCAAAGGUUUUGUGGGUGUGUUGAUGUCCUUAUCUCUCCACUCUCUCCCUUUUUAUUCUUAAUCGGUUUUAGGAAGAGUAUCAAGCUCUGCAGCAGGGUGGUAUCAAAUUCAAGGUUCUUCUGCUUUAGUUCCCCAAGUGCUGGGAUUACAGGUGAGCACCACCAGGCCAGGUUAAAUUAAGAUAUUCUUCUCUUCAUUAUCCUGGAGUCUCCACUUCCAUCUGUGAUUUCCUUAUUUCAGUCUAUUUUAUUUUCUUACAUGUGAAGAGAAAGCAAGAGACAGAGCCAGAGAGAGCCAGAGAGAGACACAGAGCAAGACAGAUACUGAGAGAACACUAUAUGGCAAGUGUGAUCCAUCACCAUCGUACACAGGUCGUCUUGCUCUCCAUAUCUGCUCACAGUGAUGACUCAGUAGGGACAUGCCUCUGUAUGAUUUUUGGACUUUUGCCACCCCUCUUUUCUACAAAUCUUCACCUAAGAUGUGUCUGGUCUCCUGUUUGGACACAGAGCAGAAGAAACUCGAGGAUUCUCCUAGAUUUACCAUUUUAGACUAGUUUUGUCUGAGGUCCCUCUGAUGGGAAAGGAAGGGCAGAGAGGAAGUGAUAGAAGGCCUUACACCUUUUUGGAGUUUGUCACUCCAGAACCAUUGUAAAUGGAGGAGCUUCCCUGACUCUUCAUGCCCUGAAGUCUAGUCUUUUCUCUGCUAGAGUCCACAUAUGUACAGCUUGGACUAAUAUUCCACAGCACCCUAAGGCUUUUCUGGGCAAUCUGCUCCAUCUUGUGUUAUGCAAACCCACCUCAAGUUUCCAUCGUGUCUUCAAUGUGAAGAGAAACUAACACAUUGGUGAAGAUAUGAAACUCAGCUGGAAUUAAAAGGAGCAAAACCAGCUCCAAGGUUGUGCUGUAUCUCUUUGUCUGUAGGAAGAGUGGUCUUUGGUAAAUAAAUAUAAAAUGUAAAAUAUAUAUAUUUAUAUUUAUUAUAUACAUUUACAUAUACAUAUUAUAUAUUAUAUAUACAUUGUAUAUAGAAUAUAUUUAUAUUUAUAUAUAUUAUAUACAUUUACAUAUACAUAUUAUAUAUAUUAUAUAUACAUUAUAUAUAUAUUUUACAUUAGGAUGUUUUAAAAUAAGGUAAAUGUCUUGCUCUGUCUACACAUGGCAUUAACAAAUAUGAGACACUAUGGCACAUAAAUAGUAACCAGGUCUGCAUACAAGAGGUGUGUUAUUUUGUCUAUAGAGCAAAUGAAUAUUAUGGCAAUUUCUUGGGUUUAUCCUUUAAAGACAUGGUUAUCCAUGGGUUCCUCAGUAAGGUCAAGGCUUAUGCUUACGAUUUCCACAAUGUCUUCUUGCACCUUAACAAAUUUUGUGAGAAUGCUUCUUCAUCCAGUGUUUUUGAAAGUGGAGGAAAAGGUCUGAAUCUUGGGUGUGACCACAACCUAUGUCCUCUCACAUGAUUCACCAUGGGUCUGGCUGGUUACCGUUAGACUAUAUGGUGCUUUGACGAAACAGUGGAACUACAGCAGAUUUAGAGUUAGCAAAAUUAAAUAUAAAGUGUGUUUUGCUGUACUUUUUCAUCAAUAAAUAAAUGUUAACCAAGAAAUAAUAUGUAAGAAGUGUUUUGUUUCAAAGGAGAUAAAUAUUUUUCAGUCAUGACAUAUGAAUAAUAGAGACAUUGUCAUCUUAACCCCAAGAUAUGAAAAUUAAUAAACAAAAAGAUAUCCCAAAUCCAAGAGAUUUUUAUCAAUAGAAUCCUGGUCAGAAUAAGUGCCAAGCAUGGAAAGAUCUAAAAAUGUGGAAAUACUAUAAAAUAGAGAAAAUAGCAAAAUUAACAAUAAGUAAAAUGACUGUACCUCCUUAGUACAUGAUUUUAGGGCUUUCUCUGGACCCACCAUCAUCAACAUAACUUUAUGAACCUACUGCUUCUCUCUGAUCCUAUUGCUGUUUCUGCUAUAGUUAUUGUCACUGUGAACUUCUCAGAGAACCUCCAUGAAGAGAUAAAGAACAGGCAAGGGGGCAGCUCCCAGACUUGCUAUCUCAAAUCAAACUCUGUGGAUUAGUUGCAUAGAUGGACAGGCUCUCAAGACUAACCCCUCUUGACCUGACUGAGUCCUGCUUGAUCUGAAUCUGAAUUUUAAUAGCUCUUUGUGGUGAUCCAUGCACGAAACUUGAACUUUAUUCUGUAGCUGUGAUGAAAUUAACAGUGAUAACCUCAAAGGCAGAGUGAGGUUGGCGAGAAAGUGGUACAUGGGAGUCUCGUUGUUGUACUUGGUUAUAGAUCAUCAGAUACUAUGGAAGUUCCAAAGAAGUAAAAAUCCAAAACCAAACCAAAACAAAACAAGCAAACAGGCAAGCAAACAGAAAAGCCUUGGCUGGAGAUAUGGCUCAGUGGUUACGAGUACUGACUGUUCUUGUAGAAAAAGGAGUUCAGCUUCCAGCACCCACAUCAGGUGGCUCACGGUCACCUCUUUGUCCAGGUCCAUGGGAUAUUAUGCCUUCUUCUAUGCCUUCUUCUGGCUUCCACUCACUCUUCCACUCACUUACACAUACCUAAUUCAGACAUGCAUAUAUAUAUAUAUAUAUGUAUAUGUAUUAUGUAUAAUAUAUUAUGUGUGUAUAACACGUAUUUAUUAUCAAAAUAAAAUAAAUAUUUUAAAAGGUCCUUAAUACAUAAGAAAGAAAAACAUGCUCUGGUGUUAGAUGCAUUGCUUUUCUCAAUAUAAGAGUUUAACAACAAAAUGAGGCAAUGAUUGCAAAAUAAUAUAUCUUCAUAGUUGAUAUUUCUUCCUUUCUCUUUCAUUUUCUGUAUAUUUUUAUUCAUGUAGGUAUAAUAUUUAUUUUCAGCAAUGAAUUAGCUACAAUAUACACAAAUAAAUAUUAUAUAACAUGAUCUAUUAAUACAUUCGUAUUCACUUCUUCAUAUGUAAAAUAGAUUAGUUAUACAUUGACAAUAACUUAAAUGGUUUUGUAAUUUUAAUUUUCUGAUUACAACAUGCUUUUACCUUUUACAGGCAAAUUAAAGAAAUACGAUUUUUAUCGGUAACAUUACCUUUUAAAGUGCUAGCAUUGAAGAGAUUGUGCAUGCUAAACGUUGGUGAUGAAAGUGGAAAUUCUCAAACGUACAGUACUGCUGGGAGAACGAAGAACCCCAGAUACUAUGAAAUCCUGUUUAGUAGUAUCUAGAAAUCCCACCAAAGUCUUAUUCUGGAAACAGAAAUAAGAAUCUACACAGGAUGCUUCCCCUUUGCGAGAUGUUUCAAAUAGCAAAACUAAGGUAUGCUGAUAGAAAUGGGGCUAGCAGCUACCAUCCCAGAAGAACGGGUGGGUGGUAAGGAGAGCACAAGAUGGGGACUUCAGAAGGGCAACAAAUAUUUUAUUUCCUACCUUGGAUUGUCAGGAGAUAGAAUUCACUAUAAUAGUUUAAUAACAUUCUACUUAUCAUGGCUCAGGGUUCUUUCAUCUCUACAGUGCUGAAAAACUGCACUUGUAUUGGGUUUUCACUGUGAUCUGUGUCAGCCCAAGCUAUAGCUCUGGAUUAGGCAUGGGAUUACGAAGGGGAAGAGUGGGCCUUCAACGGCCUCACUGUGGGGCUCAGGAGGAGAGAUGAUGAUUUAAAUGAUUCUGGACUCUGGGCGUUUCCAACCAACAGCAGUUUUGUGGAGUUGCCACCCAGUCACAAGCUGAGGAACGUCAGCAGGACUUCAUGUUAUUAAGAUGUUAGAGACUGGGAAGUGUCAAUCGCUGUUAUCAUUUUCAUGUACAUCCUCCUCAAUAUUUGUUUCAGUUUUGCUCCUAGUCAAUACGGUGCCUACCUGUUAAAUUAAAAAAAAAAGAAUAGAAAAAAAAA